AUGUCUGGAAAAGACACUGGAAUUGUUGUUCCUCGAAACUUUCGUUUGCUGGAGGAACUUGAUAAUGGGCAGAAAGGAGUGGGUGAUGGUACCAUAAGUUGGGGACUGGAGGAUGACAGUGAUAUGACUUUGUCCCAUUGGACUGGAAUGAUAAUUGGGCCACCAAGAACCCCAUAUGAAAACCGGAUGUACAGCUUGAAAAUAGACUGUGGCCCAAAAUACCCAGAGGAACCACCAGUCAUUCGCUUUCUCAGUCGCAUCAACAUGAAAGGAGUUCAUUCUGGCACCGGAUUGGUUGAUAGGAAGUCUACUCAAGUGCUCUCACAUUGGCAACGUCAUUAUUCUAUCAAAACUGUGUUACAGGAACUUCGUCGUCUCAUGACAGCAAAGGAGAAUAUGAAGACACCCCAACCACCUGAAGAUAGAGGAAUGUCUGGAAAAGACACUGGAAUUGUUGUUCCUCGAAACUUUCGUUUGCUGGAGGAACUUGAUAAUGGGCAGAAAGGAGUGGGUGAUGGUACCAUAAGUUGGGGACUGGAGGAUGACAGUGAUAUGACUUUGUCCCAUUGGACUGGAAUGAUAAUUGGGCCACCAAGAACCCCAUAUGAAAACCGGAUGUACAGCUUGAAAAUAGACUGUGGCCCAAAAUACCCAGAGGAACCACCAGUCAUUCGCUUUCUCAGUCGCAUCAACAUGAAAGGAGUUCAUUCUGGCACCGGAUUGGUUGAUAGGAAGUCUACUCAAGUGCUCUCACAUUGGCAACGUCAUUAUUCUAUCAAAACUGUGUUACAGGAACUUCGUCGUCUCAUGACAGCGAAGGAGAAUAUGAAGACACCCCAACCACCUGAAGAACUUGACCAUCUUUCUUCAGUAUCUCAUAAUACGGCUGAAGAUAGUCGAGGGCUUCGGUUGCCUGACCGAGCAGAAUUCCGGACUCGGCCUGACCCCGAUCCUCAAGGGUCCAAAUCACUGAAGCGUAGAAGUGAGCAUCAUGAGAAAUCUUCCGACGGUGCUCGUCGGACAUUCACUUCAGCCCUGGAGGCGUAA